GAAAGCCCUUUGAGCAGCACAACACGUAAUUACAGUGUUGAUCCUUUUAGCAGAAUCCCUGGUGCAUCACGAGGAGGUACUGCAACUUUUCUAUAAUAGGCGCCCCAUUCUGAUCUGGACUUGCUGUUGGGUCUGUCGUGCCAACAAAACAUUGGGAGAGCAUCUCGCUCUUGGAUAUCAUCUGUGGCAUAAGAAGCUUCUUUGCGGCACAUCAACAUAGAAACUCAGGAGGAAGCAGUAAAAGUUGCCCUAAGGCUUUUAGUGCCCAUUAAGCGCGCAGUCAAGAGCCCGCGGUUUUCAUAAGGUUGUGUCGGCGGAGAUCAUCGUUGCGUGUUGCCGUAUCUCGAGGUCGAGGCGGGCAUAUGAGUGGUCUCGGCCCUGAUAUAGCCUUGCCAGCUUUUGCAAUAUAUAGCUGCUGAAUACAGCCAAAGGUUGCACUUCUUGACGAGGGUACGAAAUGGCAAACAUCCUUAAGAAGGUGCUGCAUAAUACCAGCAGCAAGUCCCCCCAGGAUAUGGUGCUGAGGGCAGCGCAGACAACUGAGAAGUUGACGGACACAGCAACUGAAAGACAGCAGGAGGAGCUUGCCAGAUACCUCUCACAGAUGAAGGCGGCCAUGUAUGGGGAUGGGGAGAUUGAGCCUUCAAAGGAGACUGCGGUGCUGCUUUGCUGGGAGGCAUGCAAGGUUGGGCUGCCAUUGGUGCUGGCCCAGAAGCUGUCCCUGCUGGACUUUGAGACCCGCAAAGAUGCUGCCCAGGUGUGUGGGUGCAUCUUCCGCAUGGACAGCAAUGCUGAUGGCCCAGGAGUGAGAUUCGUGCAUGAGCACCCUCACAUCCUGGAAAUCCUGUUUCAGGGCUAUGACAAUCCUUCCAUCGCCCUGAACUGCGGCAGCAUGCUGAGGGACUGCGUACGAGAUGAGAGCCUGGCAAGGAUGGUAUUGGAGGGUCCGCUUUUCCAGGAGUACUUCAAGAAGGUGGAGGUGUCCAAUUUUGAGGUGGCCUCAGAUGCAUUCCAGACCUUUAAAGACCUGCUCACUCGCCAUGAGCCCCUGGUGGCCAGCUACCUGCAGGGUCACUACCAGGAGUUCUUUGGCGCCUAUGUGAACCUCCUCCAGUCUUCAAACUAUGUCACACGGCGGCAGUCCCUCAAGCUGCUGGGAGAGCUGCUGCUGAACAGGGCGAAUGUGAAGGUGAUGAUGCGCUAUGUCAGCGACGUCAACAACCUGAAGCUCAUGAUGAUCCUGCUCAAGGACAACUCCCGGUCCAUCCAGUUCGAGGCGUUCCAUGUCUUCAAGGUGUUUGUGGCCAACCCCAACAAGACAAAGGAGAUUGUCGAGGUGCUGUCUACCAACAAGGAAAAGCUGCUCAAAUACCUUGGCGACUUCCAUACAGACAAAGAGGAUGAGCAGUUCAAAGAGGAGAAGGCGGUCAUCAUCAAGGAGAUAUCCAUGCUGCAGAGUCAGCAGGAUCUGGACCAGGAGGCAGGCGAUGAGCCAAUGUAGCUAGCCACUGAAGGUUCAGGAUCCUAUUGACACGGUCCUGGUACUGAGCCCUCUUGUGUGCAUGGACCCUCUGCAUUAUUGAUAGUGCACUUGGUCUAAUUUGGUAGUGCUGCAAACACCUUGUCUGGUAGGUAGGAGCGUCUCUAUAAAUUACUCAGAGGUAGUGUUGCACCCGUCAGGCUCAGGACCCCUGAUGGUAUCUCUCUGCCCUUGGGAUGUGUUUGUACAUGUUGCUCAGGCAGGUGUUGCUCAGGCAGAUUGUGUCUUUUCUAGAGCUGGGCAUGCCAAGGCAGUUUUGAGAUAGCCAGCAAGUUGCAAUAAGUUGUGCUUGUGAGCAGAGUUGUGCGGGUUGAGCAACCAAGGGUUCUUGGCACGAUUGGCCCAUCACAACCGCUGUAUUUCUGGAUUGGAAACGUUGAUCAAGAGGGAAUGAAUACUUUUAAGAUGCAUCAAUCAUAUUUGUAGCGUUCUAAUUUGAUGCGUCCACCUGGAGGUGUAUACCAAAGCCCCAGUUUGUAACACCCUAGGGC